AUGUCCUCUCAAUCGCCUAAUUCCAAAACCCCACUAGAAGAUCAAGUCCUCCUGUCCGAACGACCCAUCGCUCUCUCCAUCGUGGAAUACCACUCAUCCCAUCCGGAGACAUACAUCUUCAUCGCUCGUACCACCUCGCAGAAAGUCAUCAUCCAAGUCCGCCAUGAUGAUCCGGUCGAUACAUUGGGUAUAGAAGGGUAUUUCACGGAGACUCCCGAACUUAUCAGACAUAUCGAGCAGGCUCAAGAGGCCGUAUGGAAAGCUACGGUCGAUGCUGGUCUGGAUAAGUAUCCUGGUGUUAAGACGUUGGAACAGAUGAGGGAGUGGAGGUACGAUGGUAGUAAUUAUCCGAAGAGGGAUGAGAAGCCGCCUUGGGGGGAUGGGCCGGCACCUUGGGAAAAUGAUGAUGAAGGGGACGUUAGGGAUGAUUGA